ACUUGGUCAGCACAGAGGAUCAAAUUCCUCUGGGGUGAACUCGAGAUAAAAGGCUGACACACUGGAAGCUUGCUGAGGACACUGCAAGGGAGACUUCCACUUUCUCCUUUGCACUCAUCCAGCAGAACAAGGCCGUAAGCGCCACAGUGCCGGACAGAAACCUCCGGGCUCUUCGGUGUCCCAGUCUGCUGGCCCUUCUUAUCCCUCCUUACUCGGAGUCUGCCUGAGAGAACAGGAGAAUGGAGCUGGGCAGGACUCAGAUAAGACUUGACCCCAGGUACACAGUAGAUCUUCUGGAGCUGCUGAAAACCAACUACAGCAUCUCCUCUGCUUGCUUCUCCUACCCUCCCACUGCAGCUCAGCUCCUGAGAGAACUGGGCCCAUUGGAAAUUGCCCUCACCAUCAUCUUGACCUUUCUUACCCUGGGCUCAAUUGCCAUCUUCCUGGAGGAUGCUCUUUAUCUGUACAAGAACACCCUUUGCCCCAUCAAGAGGAGGACUCUGAUCUGGAGUAGUUCUGCGCCAACGGUGGUGUCUGUGCUCUGCUGCUUUGGUCUCUGGAUCCCUCGCGCACUCACACUUGUGGAAAUGGUCAUAACCUCGUUCUAUGCCAUAGUCUUUUACCUGCUGAUGCUGGUCAUGGUGGAAGGCUUCGGUGGGAAGGAAGCAGUUCUGAGGACACUGAAGGACAUCCCGAUGAGGGUGCACACGGGUCCCUGCUGCUGUUGCUGCCCUUGCUGCCCGCCCCUCAUACUUACCAGGAAGAAGCUUCAGCUGCUGAUGUUGGGCCCUUUCCAGUAUGCCUUCUUCAAGAUACUGCUGAACAUAGUGGGCCUGUUUCUCAUCCCUGAUGGCAUCUUUGAUCCGUCAGAUAUCUCUGAGAAAAGCACGGCUCUGUGGAUCAACACUUUCCUCGGCGCGUCCACGCUGUUCGCUCUCUGGUCGCUGGCCAUCAUUUUCCGGCAAGCCAAGUUGCACCUGAGUGAACAGAAUAUGGGAUCCAAGUUUGCUGUCUUCCAGGUUCUUGUCAUCCUGACCGCCCUGCAGCCCUCCAUUUUCUCCGUCUUAGCUAGCACCGGGCAGAUUGCUUGCUCACCUCCCUUUCCUUCUAAAACCAGGUCUCAAGUGAUGAACUGCCACAUGCUCGUCGUGGAGACCUUCCUGAUGACGGUGCUGGCACGGAUGUACUACCGAAGGAAAGAUGGCAAGGUUGGGUAUGAGACUUCUUCGGCACCAGACCCGGACUUGAAACUCAAAGCCUGAGGCAAGUGGCUGGGACUAUGGAAAAGAUACUGUCCUCAGGAGAGCAUGAGAGUCCUUCUGUCCCUCAACCUGAACCAGCGGUUCAGGCUCCCACUGGCAGCGCAGGCUGGCAGAUUCCAUGUGACUACAGGGAUGAGGGGAAGGUGCUGGACUGAAGCUUUGCUCAGGGAAGGCAUUUAAAGUUUUAAAAUGAACAGGGUGAUGGCUGAGACUCUGCAGAGGGCACAGUGCUUCUGUGGCUGCCACGACUGGUCACCCUGGGCAUUUGCACAGCAGAAUAAAGGGGAGAAGAGUACGUGGUCUAUGUAUGGUUUAUCAGUGGGAGCAGACCUUAGCUGGGCAGAGCAGCACCAGGCCAGCCUCCCGAAGAAGCCGGCUCUGCAGUACAAGCCGUGCUUUCCUUGGGGGCAUCAGCUGGCCAUGGGAGGGCUGAGGCCUCAUGGUGCCAGCUUUUGAAGUUUUCUAUAAGAAGCUGCAAAUGGAACUGUCGUUCAUAUCGCCAUGAAGCUUGAACUUGAGGGCAGAGGUCGGGACACAAGCUCAAAGGAACUGAGAAUGCACGUAAAAGGUUCCUCCCAAAGUCGGGAGGUGGUGGCAUCCACCUUUAAUCCCAGCAUUAGGGAGGUUCUCUGAGUUCGAGGCCAGCCUGGUCUAUAAGAGCUAGUUCCAGGGCAGGCAGGCACCAAAGCUACAGAGAAGUCCUGUUUCGAAAAACCAAAAAGAAAAAGAAAAUAAAAAGAUAUCAACACACAUAUGCCUGGCCAAAACUACAGGAAAUAGAAACACCAGGCAAAACCACAUGGCCUUUAUUUGGCUAAAUGACAAAAGCCAAAAUAACUCUGAACAAAUUAAGACAGGAAAGCGAUACAUUGAACUCGGAGGCAAACUCCCCUUGACUCCCACAGUGAUGGGCGGGUGUUCAUGGCACGGGUGAGUCUUUCCAACAGUGUUUCCUGCUCAGGAGUCUAGAUGCAAACCACCUAAGCAGUCAGUUCUCACUGUUUAAAACAGUUCCCCCAAGACGGUGGGAGGUGCCCACUUCAAACCU